CACCCAAGGGCACCUCAUGACCCACCAGAGCAUCCACACAGGAGAGAGACCUUCCUGCUGUGGAGAGUGCGGGCGAUGCUUCCAUCUGGAGAUAUGCCUGGGUGCCCACCAGAAGACACACACCAAAGGUGGUCCCUACCUCUGCACCUAUUGCAGCAAGAGCCUGAGCACAAAGAGCUACUUCAGUAUCCACAUGCGGACCCACAUGGAGAAGAGGCCGUUCGCCUGCACCAAGUGUGGGAAGAGCUUUGUGAAGAAGGGCACCCUCACCACCCACAGAGAGAUCCACAAGAGGCAGAAGCCCUUCAAAUGCCCCGACUGCAGUAGGCGCUUUGGGCAAAGUGCCACACUGAUGGCCCACCAGAAGAUACACCUCCAUGGGGGGCCUUUCAUUUGUACUGAGUGUGGGAAGAGCUUGAGCACCAAGAGAUAUUUCAGUGUCCACCAGAAGAACCAUGCUAAGCAAAAGCAAAAGCCACUGGAGGGACAUAUUAAUGGUGUGUCUCUCCAGGUCAUGCAGAUUAAAGAGGAGCCUGAUCUUUCCUUCAGGUCAGAGGAGACUGUGUCGGAAAAUAUGUCCCAUGAAGGAGAUGCCCAGGGAUGUAGCAUACCUAGAAUCCCAUUUAAUCUGAAAAGUCCUCCUUGGAAAAUCCAGGUGAAGGAGGAUCCAGGACCACCCACUGAUGACACAGCAAACAUUUCUGCAAUAGCCUGCCAGAAACUUUACAUCAAGGAAGAGCCACCAGAAAAUCUGGACUAUGGAAAGAUCCCACUGAUGGCUUUACAGGAGAGUCUGCUUAAAAAGGAAGAAGAUGCUGAUGGCCAGCAUGAGCAGGAAGUCCCCACAGCCAGUAACCUGGUGCUUCAUGUGAAGGAAGAACCACAGGAAAGCAUUGAGUUUGGGAUGCAUUAUGGGCAGAAGCCAAACCUCAAUGCUAUCCAGAGGAUCCAAAUUAAAGAGGAACCUCGUGUGGAGGCCAAUCACCAGGAGAGCCAGAGCCCAGAGAGAAAGCAGAAGAAAAGCUGUUUGUCCACCAAAGAGAGGAUGCUGGAGAACUGGGAGAAAUCCAUGUCCAAAGACCCCUCAGUGAAAGGAGCUCCCAGGGGUGAACGGGUUUUCCCCUGUCCUGAGUGUGGGAAGAGUUUCAACCAGAAAUCAAACCUGACCAGACACAGGAAGAUCCACACGAGUGAGGGACCAUACAAGUGCAGUGAGUGUGGGGAGAGCUUCCGCAUGAACCGCAAGCUGAUCUGCCACCAGCGAGUCCACGUGAGCGAGCCCUUCAAAUGCAGCGAGUGCGGGAAGAGCUUCACCCAGCGGUCAAAUCUGGUCCGGCAUCAGAGGAUUCACACCAAGGAGGAGCCCUACCAGUGCCCCGAGUGCGAGAAGACCUUCAACCAGAAGGCCAACCUUUUCCGUCACCAAGUCAUCCAUGUCCGCAUGGGGCCGUGCAAGUGCACCAAGUGUGGGAAAUGCUUCCCCCAUAAGCACCACCUGAUCAAACACCAGCUGCUCCACUCCCGAGGUGGGGCCUACAAUUGUGGGGUCUGUGCAAAACGUUAUCGGCUGAAGAAGUACCUGAGGAGGCACCAGAAGAUUCAUGAACGGGAAGGAGCUGCUCCCUGCUUAAAACAGGGGGAGGCCACAGGGGCCGGCAGUGGACCCCACCACAACAAACAGAGCGUUGUACCCCAUGAAUAGCAAAGAGGAGAGCUGAGGGGAUGUGGUGCUUGGCCUUUGGGAAAGUCCUUUGGGAAAGGGGAGGGAUAGAAACAAACUCUGCUUGCCUUAUGUGUGCAGUAUCUGGGCACUGGGAGGUCAACUUGAGGGUCCAGUGGGGACAGUGGGGCAGAGCACUGCUGGAAACCAGUCCUCUGCAGCUUUUCUGAGGACACCCCCAGAGCAUCAUUUGCUUACAGGGGAGUGAUGGGGCUGGAGAGCCAGGUCUCAGAACACUUAAGAGAUGGAGGGAUAAAAGCUUGGCAUCCUUUGUAAUGGUAUGGUUGUGCUUCUAAAGAGUGUCAAAGUUGUGGAUGCCAAAAUUGUCUUGUGUGGGCAAUGUUUGGCCAGGGGGACCAGGCAGGAUUUAUAUUUGUUAGAAUACUGUGUUUCUCAGAAGCUGAAGGAAUCUCUCCCAUCUACUGAAGGGUUUAAAGCAAGGGCCAGUUCUCAUGUAGCUCUGAUCCAUACCUUGAUCCUACUGGGCUGAUGGACCCUAAUAAACCAGGUGUACAUAUCUGGAGUAGACUAUUCCCACCCAGAGUGGGGUUUUAAGCCCUGAAUCCCACAAACCAGGCUCCCAGAUUGGCUUAAACCAGGUCCAUAAAAUUAAGUAAUGCAAAAUUAAUGACUGUUUUCCCAAACCUAGCCCAGAGACCAACAGAUUGUAUUGUGAUUUGUGCCCCCACAGUCCCAUUGCAUGGAUGUAAAUGGGAAUGGCUUUUCUUAGCACUGAGUGCUCAUCUCCAAUGAGCAGGUGGCUUUGUCACCCCAAGUCUCAGAGGCAUCAGUGACUUCACCAGCUGGAGCAACACCAGGGCUGGUUCUCAGCCACCUGCUUCCCUACCUGUUACUGUGAAGCUCUUGGUAGGAUAUUGACUUUAUUGGGCAUGAUUUAGGGA